UAAAUCCCUCCCUUUGUUUCCAACGAAAGGGCAGGAGAGUGUGCAAGUUUUAUAAUUUCCAACAAGUUUGUGUGUGUGUUUCUCCCCUCUCUCUCUGUGUGUGUGUGUCUGUGGAAUCCUCAUCCUUUGAUUAUCAUUCUUAUUUUUAAAUCUACUUAAAGAGACCCCCCUUCUGCUUUUUUCGAUGUGCGACUUCGGACAUGCGGAGGCUACUGCAACCGUGUUGCUGGAUCUUUUUCUUGAAAAUCACCAUCUCCGUGCUCCAUUACGUGGUGUGUUUCCCCGCUUUGACUGAAGGUUAUGAUGGCUCCCUGCAUGAAAGCAGACAUGGCAGUUCAGUGCAAAUCCGGCGGCGGAAGGCAUCCGGUGAUCUUUAUUGGGCGUACUCAGGUGCAUAUGGUCCUGAGCACUGGGUUACUUCAAACGUGGAUUGUGGGAAAACUCAUCAGUCUCCAAUAGAUAUCGUAGAUCAUCAGGCACGGGUUGGAGAAGAAUAUCAAGAAAUACACCUUGUUGGUUUUGAUAAUGAAUCUUCUAACAAGACAUGGAUGAAAAAUACUGGGAAAACUGUUGCUAUCCUCCUAAAGGAUGAUUAUUUCAUCAGCGGUGCUGGGCUACCAGGCAGAUUCAAAGCUGAGAAAGUUGAGUUUCACUGGGGUCAGAGCAAUGGAUCAGCCGGCUCAGAGCACAGCAUCAAUGGGAGGAGAUUCCCAGUUGAGAUGCAGAUUUAUUUCUACAAUCCAGAUGACUUUGACAGCUUCGGGACUGCAAUCCAAGAGAAAAGAAUAAUAGGAGCCAUGGCUGUGUUCUUUCAAGUCAAUCAGAGGGACAAUCCAGCACUGGAACCUAUUAUCCAUGGGUUGAAGGGUGUCGUACAUCAUGAAAAAGAGACCUUCUUGGAUCCUUUUGUGUUGAGGGAUCUCCUGCCGGCAUCUUUGGGAAGUUACUAUCGGUAUGCAGGGUCACUGACUACCCCUCCAUGUAGCGAGAUUGUGGAAUGGAUUGUUUUCCGCAUGCCUGUCCCCAUCUCUUAUCGCCAGCUGGAAGCGUUCUAUUCCAUAUUUACCACGGAACAGCAAGACCAUGUCAAGUCAGUGGAAUAUCUGAGGAAUAAUUUCCGGCCUCAGCAGAGCCUGAACAACCGGGUCAUCUCCAAGUCUGCUGUGAAGGAUGCUUGGAGCCAAGUGACCACCAGCAUCUUUGAAAAUCCAUUUGGCACCGAAGCCUCCAAAGUUUGCAGUACUCCCCCUGUCAACAUGAAAGUGAAACAAGUGAACAGAACAGCCUUGCUGGUGACCUGGAAUCAACCAGAAAUAAUCUAUCACCCUCCCAUUAUGAACUAUAUGAUUUCCUACAGCUGGACUAAAAAUGAAGAUGAAAAGGAGAAGACCUUCACCAAGGACAGUGACAAGGACCUGAAAGCCAUCAUUAGCCAUGUCUCACCUGACAUCCUUUAUCUGUUCAGAGUUCAAGCAGUUUGCCGAAAUGACAUGCGCAGUGAUUUUAGCCAGACAAUGCUCUUUCAAGAUAAUACAACUCGGAUUUUUGAAGGGACCAGAAUAGUAAAAACAGGAGUGAAUAAUGGGCAGAAUGGAGUGUUUGGAAAGAAAAGGAAAACAAAAGGAAAAAAGAGCCGAGGUAGCAUGUCAGGUACCUCUACUGAUGCUCUUUCUGCUGUGUUUUCUUCUCUUGUUCCCCCUGGUGAUUUCUUCAAGCCUACAGCUUCUCCCGCACCCUCAGCCGACAUGGCUCCCAUCAGUUCUGGAUCUUCUACUUGGACUUCCUCAGGCCUCCCCUUUUCCUUUGUGUCCAUGGCAACUGGAAUGGGGCCUUCCUCCAGUGGGAGCCAGGCAACGGUGGCCUCAGUGGUCACCAGCACCUUACUUGCAGGCCUCGGGUUUAGUGGUAGCGGAAUUUCCUCUUUCCCUAGUACUGUUUGGCCAACACGUCUCCCGACGUCUGCUUCUACCAAUAAACAAUCAGUAAGGCCAGUUGUGGCUACCACUGAGGCGUUAUCUUCUCCAGGACCAGACAGUGAUUCUACUCUCACAAAAGACAAUGAAGGAGCAGAGGACGGCGAAAAGGAUGACAAAAGUGAAAGUGAGGAUGGUGAAAGAGAGCACGAAGAAGAGAGAGAAAAGGAUUCAGAAAAGAAAGAAAAAAGCGCUGCGACGGAGACGGCUGAGGUACAGGAUAACAGUGAAGCUACAGGCACCACUCUUGCUCCAAACAGAACUAUGGAGGAGGGAGGCAAUAAAACUAUACCUGAUCAAGAGCAAAGCCAAAAUAUUCUCCCAACAGGUAGGACUCCCAGAGGAGAAGGAGUUACAGACACAGACACUCAGUUCAAAACAGUCCCUUCCACCCAAGUGCCACCAGCAUUCACAAAUGAACAAUAUACUCAAGAAAUUCCAAGAAGACCAGAGACAGCAUCGACGACACCUUUACCAAAAGAUAACAGAUUUAUUACCAUUAACCCAGCAGACAAGAAUAUUUCCAGUAUGGCGACCAGACCUGCGCCUGGCAAAAUGGAAUGGAUCAUUCCCCUCAUUGUAGUCUCAGCCCUGACAUUUGUGUGCCUCAUACUUCUUAUUGCUGUGCUAGUUUACUGGAGAGGGUGUAACAAAAUAAAGUCCAAGGGCUUACCCCGAUAUUUCCGCGAAGUCUCUUCUUCUCAGGACAGAGGAAAGAAGGGGAACAGAAAAUGUUUUCAGACCGCUCAUUUCUACGUGGAAGACAGCAGUUCGCCCCGAGUGGUGCCAAACGAAACCAUUCCCAUUAUUCCUAUCCCAGAUGACAUGGAAGCUGUUCCUGUCAAACAGUUUGUUAAGCAUAUUGGUGAACUGUAUGCCAACAACCAGCAUGGGUUCUCAGAAGACUUUGAGGAAGUACAGCGCUGUACAUCCGACAUGAGCAUCACUGCUGAACAUUCCAAUCACCUCGACAACAAGCACAAAAACAGAUACAUCAACAUUUUAGCAUAUGAUCACAGUAGAGUGAAGUUAAGACCUUUACCGGGAAAAGACUCGAAGCACAGUGACUACAUUAAUGCCAAUUAUGUUGAUGGUUACAACAAAGCAAAAGCCUACAUUGCCACCCAGGGACCUUUAAAGUCGACAUUUGAAGAUUUUUGGAGAAUGAUUUGGGAGCAAAACACUGGAAUUAUCAUCAUGAUUACAAACCUUGUGGAAAAAGGAAGAAGAAAAUGUGACCAGUACUGGCCAACAGAAAACAGUGAAGAAUAUGGCCAUAUCAUUGUCACAUUGAAGAGCACAAAAGUACAUGCUUGCUACACAGUCCGCCGCUUCACAGUCAGGAAUGCAAAAAUGAAAAAGGGGAACCCUAAAGGACGUCAGAAUGAAAGGACGGUCAUUCAGUACCACUACACACAGUGGCCUGACAUGGGUGUGCCUGAAUAUGCACUGCCAGUCCUGACGUUUGUGAGAAGAUCGUCUGCAGCCAGGGCUAACGAGAUGGGUCCAGUGCUUGUGCACUGCAGUGCUGGUGUUGGCAGGACUGGUACCUACAUUGUUAUAGACAGUAUGCUGCAACAGAUAAAAGACAAAAGCACAGUUAACGUCCUGGGUUUCCUGAAACACAUCAGGACACAGCGCAACUACCUCGUCCAGACAGAGGAGCAGUAUGUUUUUAUUCAUGAUGCCUUGUUGGAAGCCAUUCUUGGGAAAGAGACUGAAGUUUCUGCCAACCAGCUACACAGCUAUGUUAACACCAUUCUUAUACCUGGAAUUGGAGGCAAGACUCGGCUAGAGAAACAGUUCAAACUGGUUAUGCAAUGCAAUGCAAAAUAUGUGGAGUGCUUCAGUGCUCAGAAGGACUGCAACAAAGAAAAGAACAGGAACUCAUCAGUAGUGCCAUCUGAGCGAGCGAGGGUGGGACUGGCGCCGUUACCUGGAAUGAAGGGAACUGAUUACAUUAAUGCCUCUUAUAUCAUGGGCUACUACCGGAGCAACGAGUUCAUCAUCACGCAGCAUCCCCUGCCACACACAACUAAAGAUUUCUGGAGAAUGAUCUGGGAUCACAAUGCACAGAUCAUUGUCAUGCUUCCAGAUAACCAGAGCUUAGCAGAAGAUGAAUUUGUGUACUGGCCAAGUCGGGAAGAAUCCAUGAACUGCGAGGCGUUUACUGUGACCCUUAUCAGCAAAGACAGGCUGUGCCUCUCUAAUGAGGAGCAGAUUAUCAUCCAUGACUUUAUCCUUGAGGCUACCCAGGAUGACUACGUUUUGGAAGUACGCCAUUUUCAAUGUCCCAAAUGGCCAAAUCCAGAUGCUCCAAUCAGCAGUACCUUUGAGCUUAUCAAUGUAAUUAAGGAAGAGGCCUUAACAAGAGAUGGCCCCACUAUUGUUCAUGAUGAGUAUGGAGCAGUCGCAGCUGGAACAUUAUGUGCCCUUACCACUUUGUCCCAGCAGCUGGAGAAUGAAAAUGCUGUUGAUGUUUUCCAGGUGGCAAAGAUGAUCAAUCUGAUGAGGCCUGGAGUAUUUACAGACAUUGAGCAGUACCAGUUUCUUUACAAAGCAAUGCUAAGCCUGGUCAGCACUAAGGAAAAUGGAAAUGGCCCCAUGGCACUGGACAAAAAUGGUGCUGUUAUGGCCAACGACGAAUCAGAUCCUGCAGAAAGCAUGGAGUCUCUUGUCUAAUUGGAAAAUUGAAAAGGCACUUAAUUUGUGGAAUUUCUGAAGACUGAGCGAACUUUUUUGAGGCCUUUUUUGCCAGACUCUAGGUUAUACAAUAACCCAAUUACUUUUUUACACUGAUAAAAAGUUUUGAUAUUUAUUUUUGCCAUUUUAUGUCUUAAUGGUAUCCUACUGAGCAUUUGCACCUCUGUUUAUUUCACACAGUGAAACGCAAUUUUAUCUAGUUUGCACUAUACGAACAGUGUUAACUGCCUAUAAAGUUGUAAUACAAAAGCAAGCAAGCAAACCCUGAUGACAUUCCAUGACAACAAACAUGCUACUUAUUAGUUGAAAUGCCGUGAAGUUUUGUUAAUUACUAUGAGCCUUGACUCUAAAGUCUUGAACGCUAGACCAGAAGGAUUCUUUUUGAUUUACAAGAACAAUGCUGUACCCUUGACAUACUCCAAUAUUUAUUGUUUAAUUUUCAUAUAACUUCAGUAAUUGUUAUAGGUCUUCUGUAUUCCAGUAACAUGGAUGAGUGUUCUUCUUUUCUUUUCUUUUUGACAAAGUGGUGGGGUGAUCACUAGCUAGACUGAAGUACAGUAGCUUCCAGAGGUUGAGUAGUUGCUCUGCGUUGUCUUGGAUUCCUCUUCUUGGUUACACAGAGGCCUGUGUGAAUUACUUUCUAUGGAACAUAUAAAAGUACAUUCCCAAAACAGAGAGCAACUCAAAUAUGGGAUUCAGUCUCAAACUUUGUCUUCACAACUUCACUGAUUCUCCAGUUGUUCUCAAUAACACUUUUAUUUCAAUAUGGGAGAAUAUUUUGAUCAUAGACAGUGUAAUAAUUAACAGUACAACAUCAUUGUACAUCAGGCCAUUUUAUUCCCAAAGCAUUUAGGUAGCAAUAUUCCCAGUUAUUACACUAUUCACCAUUUUACAUUAUAUUUCCUUAAUUCUUCUGGAACAGAACCUCUGUCUUAACAGUAUGUUACAUGAUGGAGAAAGAAAUUUCUUAAUUUCAUAGCUGUUAGAUGCAGUUUUUACAGGUGUGUACUUUUCUUACUUUAGUGCUAAACCGUACUGAUCCAUAUUACUGGUGAAGUGAUCUAAUAAAAAAAAACUACCUAUAAGAUUACACUCUUCCUCUUUUUUUUUUUAACCAAAUUAAUUAUUUAGUAGACACCUCUUGUUUUCAUAGAUUCAUUCCCAUAUACUAUACAUUGUAUUAUACUGUCCUAUAGUGCAAUCCUAUACAUAUCUACUCAAAGUAAGACCUACUGAGCCUUACUCCCAGUUAUGUGCAUAUAGGAUUGCAGUUCUUAAUCUCUUUCAAACCCAGGAAAACCCAUUUCCAUUCAUUCGCUUCACGCUUUAAGUUUUUGCUUCAAAUGACUUAAAAUUGCUAUGUUUUCCAAACCACAUUCUGUGCAGCUCAGUUAGGUGUGGAUGGUCCCCCUGCACUACUUUUUUUUUUUUUGCACUGUAAGAAUGGGAAACACAUUAAGUUCUGAUGUGGUACUUGGUUACAUUGCCAAAUUCAGCCGCAGACACUGUAAAUAAGCAGUGAACGCCCACAAGAGAAAGAUAACAGAGUAGCUCUUUGCUCCUAUCAGCACUAUUUUAAUGGCUAAGGGUGCAAUGCUAUACACGUUUAGACAGAAAGAAAAGUCUUGAAAAAGACUGGUUGGGGAAUGCUUGGGAAUUGUAGGGCUUUUUAAUGUCUAAACAUGCAUAAGAUUGUGCCCUAAAAUGCAUCACUGUCACACUAUGGCUGCCCAAGUUAGUCCAGUAUAAGUGGCUUGUGCUUGGAGUGUCUCCCUGAAUAGGUUUGUUUAAAAACGACCCCCUUCUUCUCUGAAUUCACUGUACCAAGUCUCCAAUCCAGCUUAGUGAAGAGAACAUGCCUACCCAUAAAAAAUAUUUAGGUACGGGAUAGUUGGCCUUAGAGACCCAAGUUGGGGCUUCCCCUGCCUAAAGUUUCUACCGCUUAUAUCUGCACUAGGUGUCAAUGGUGGACAUGUCUGGGCUUACCUGUAAGGGAAUACAGGAUACAAAAAUAAAUAUUCCCUGCCCAUAGAAAAUUAGAGGUCAGGCAGAAGGAUUCUAGACUAGCUUUCUUCUUGACCUCCCAUUCUGCAGGUGCAGGGCAACAGGGCAUUUAUUUUCCCCAUCAUAUGAGCCCCAACCCUACAAUGGUACAUCCCAAACACAUCUUUACUAACUUAAGAGAGACCUCCAUAUCUCCUCCCUGGAGUUAAGCCCACCCUGAAUAGCUCCUCUUAAAACAACCAAACCACCACUGAAAAUGCCAACAUUUGGUAAGGACUGAAAGGCACCAUCAUUUAUGAAACUAUUUGCAUUAAACUGUCCUAGCCACUGCUACAAAAAUGUUCUAUAAUAUUACCUGAGUUGCUAUAAAAUAUUUGGUAUUCUUGUCACUGCAAUGUACAGCCAGGUUUAAACUGCAAUGUUGACACCUGCAGGGCAAGGGCCGCCUCUUCCUUUAGAAAGUGAGUUCAGUUAUUCUCUCUGCAAAUGUACGACAUAAUAAAUUAGGGCAUUAAAUAUUUAUUCAAAUUAAAAAAUGUACACACAUUUAGGGAAAGCUGAAAUAAACGGCCAUCCCUCCAUUUACAAAAAGAAGGCGCUCUGCCAUCUUACACCUGUUGAAUUUAUCUCCUUUUUGUUUUUAUGGAUUUCUUCAUAUGAACAAACCUGGAUUGCACCAGAAAGCCACACAUUUGAAACACUUUGCCACUAAACUUCAAGUAAUCUGGGUGACCUUAAUCAGAAGAAUUUGAAGUUGUUGCUAUUGACACAGGAGCUGACGCAUGUAUAUUUAUCUCCUGUACCCUCCGCCAUCAAAUUCAAAUACUGUAUUUUCUUAAACAAAUGCCUAUUUCUUAUAAUACGUAUAAUAAUGCCCUCCUAAAAGGGUGUGAAAAGUCUCGACAUAGCAGGGAAAUUGUCCAGCAAAGUGACAGCUGCUCUGAAAUGUAUCCACUGAGCUGUUGCUUGUAAUUGUUUGUAAUCACACAAUUAAGUGCCUCUCUCACAUUGCUGCCCAUUUUGCAUUUGCUGUUCAAAUUAUUAAUGUGGCAUUAAAGAAAAUAUGGUCCUAAACCACAGGCAGAUCCUGCUUCAUUUUUGGCAAUUCCAUUGAGAAGGAGCUUCCUCUGAUAAAUGAGGGAAAUGGGGCUACCCCCAUUUGCACUGAGCUUCAUGUGCAUAACAGAAUCAUGGACAUGCUCUAGCUGCUGGAUGAAGGCUCCAGUGUUCCCAGUAAAUAGGGUGUGUUAAUUGAAGAUCACCAGUGAGGAGUUUAAUUAGUUCAUUGCAUUAAGACUGAUUUUCCAGAAGCUGCACUUCACCAUAGAACCCCAUUUCAAGUCAUGCCAUCUGUACUGCUUCUGCUAUGACUGAGAGGCACGGCUUGCAUUGGCAUCAAGAACUGCAGGACUCCCAUUGCUGGCAAUGGGCACUGCUUCAGGAAAUUGCAACUUUUGAGCUGGAGAGUAAUUUCGCUCAUUUCACAUCCAAGAAAUGGCAAGAAAUGACUGGCCCGAGAAGUCAAAGAGGUGUUUAGUGGGGUUUGUGCGCGUGCGUGUUGUAUGUGUGUUUUCAUGUUUCGUUGAAUUUGUUGGUAACUUUUCAUUUCGGAUUUUGUGGAGGGCAUACCACAGAGGAAAAUGAAUGUGUCUGUGACAAGACUGCCUGGUUAAGCUGAAGCUUGUUCCUUAAAAUUUGUACCAAGUUGUGCAAGUAGUAUGUGUUUGGGUGUGGAUUUUAAGUGAAAAUUAGACAUUAGAUUUCUGGCAAAGCCAAUGUCAAAUGAAUUGGAGUUUCCAUUUUUUUCUUUAGUAUUUACAUAGGACUUAGUCCAUAGGUAUCUAAGUUCAUUUAACAUUCAAUAACCUUAGUUUUAAUUAGUUCACAUGGGAAUCAGGCUAUAUCUUAAUAUUGCAUUCAGCAGGUAAAUAAACUACCAAAGAUGCUUUUCAGGCGAAGGGUCAACAUCAAGACGAGCUUCAUAGUAUGAAUUCACUGUGACAUGAAAAGCUGCAGUUCUCAGCUUGUUCUGAAGCAAUCCUAUUAAAGAAGGGGUGGCCCACUUGUGCCCCUCCAGAUGUUUUACCUACAAUUCCCAUGAUCCCUCGCCAUUAGCUAUGCUGACUCAGGCUAAUGGGAACUGUGGGCUAACAUGUCAGGAGGGGCUCAGGAUCUACACUACUGCUUUAAAACAGCUUAUAACAGUAGUGACA